AUGGAUUUCUUCUGUUUCUCUUGGAAAUUCUCUAGUCCAUUUAAAGAACCUAGGCCUAUUGCACGCACCACAUUCCUCGAUGUAGCAGCGUUUGCCGUCUUCGAAUCAUUGAAAGCCGUGGACAUUCACUGCCCAUUUUUCAAUGCGUCUAGGGCCAUCGUUCUGAUACAUGAUAUGGUCUGCAACGUUUAUUCGAACAAGAAGGCGUUCGCAGAACUUGCGACAGAAGCAAUCACAACGCUCAACACGAUGGAUAGAGAGGUUACAAAUGCAAAGAAGGCCGGAAGAGAACUCUCGGAGUCGCAGAAGACUAGGAUCAACGAAUUCACCGGGAUAAUUUGGAAUAUACAUAGCCUUAUCACCGAGCACUUGGGCCGAAGCCUCUUCGACCGUGUUUUUCGCUCGAACAAAGACGCGUCAACCAUAUCAGGCUUUCAGAGAAAGCUAGCUAAGGCACAAGAAGACUUCAUGACGUGCUCAAUGAUCGCAGUCGAAUCGAAACUUGAUGACGGUGUUUCCAUACUCAAUCAAGUCGUCCAACAUCAGCUUCACUCCCAAUCGCUGUUGAUACCCAUUCGAAAGCGCGUCAAGCGAAAAACAGCAACGAAUAAAUUGAAGCCGGAGGACACUUUGCGUCCUAUGGCAUCCUCUACGAGCUCUAGCCUAUCUUCCCAGUUUUCCGAAGAGUGCACACCCAUCCAACCUCCUCGUGGCUCCACUGUUAUGACUAAUUCCGGCAAUGGAGUGUUCAAUAAUGUCGGAGGGGCGCAGUAUAACAGUGGAACAAACUUCGGAACUACGAAGACUUUCCGGCCCCGAGUGAACCCGAAGGUGUCUACAGACAGCCCUAUCAAAGUAGGUGCAAUGAGAACGGGAAAGGGCACUGGCGUAGGGUCUGGGCCGGGACUUGAGGCCAGAUUUGGUAGGGACCGCAGUGCCCGUUAUGGUGGAAGACAGGUUGCCACGUCACCGCAACCUUGCGCAGACGAUUAUUUCGACGGCACCGAUAUCUAUGGGAUAUCCCCGUCCUUGCAGAAAUCGAAGGACGAGCACGAGGAAGAACAAUACGACGAGGGCGAAGCUGAGAGCGAAGAAGACAGUGAGGACGAGGGAAAUAAUGAAGAAGACGAGAAGGACGAAGGAGGGUCCCCUAACGAGGAUGAGGAUGAGGAUAUGUCGGAUUGA